AUGCCGAAGGAGAGGAAGGGCAGAAUCAACAAGCAGAACAGAGUCCGUCCUACGGGCCUGCCCACACUUGCCGAAGCGCAGCAAGCCAUAAUCGAAGAUGGAGAUUCCGAUGUGAUUGAAACGGGAGCGGACGUGCAGCCGAACAUUCCCAUUUUCCAGAAGGUAUUGAAGAGCGCGGAGGAGGCGGAUCGCGAGGUGGCCUGCAACGGCCUCGCCAAUCUGGUGCUCGAGGAGGACGAGGCCGUGCGGCUCUCCCUGGAGGAGGGCUCGCUCAAGACCCUGGUCAGCUGCCUCGCCGACCCGAGCCUCGCCGUGCGGAUCGCCGCCACCGGCGCCCUCAACAACCUCUCCACCGUGGCGCCCGUCGCCGCGUUCCCUCUUCUCCACCACCACUGCACCGCCACCCUCCUCGGCGUGCUCCAGCAGAACCUCCGGCUCGUGAACGACGCCAGCUCGGCCAAGUCGGAGGAGGAGGUCCAGCAGCUGUGUUCGCUGCUCGCGCAGACCAUCUCGCUCCUCUCCAACCUGAGCGAGAGCAGCGAGGCGGCCACCACCAUGAUCCUCCAGGCCGGCGCCCUCUCGCUCAUCAUCUCCUUCCUCCAGAACCCACAGGCCGUCCCUCCCGCCAUCCUCCUCGCCUCCGCCGGUCUGCUGCAGGUGCUGACCGACUGCGACAACGAUCGGCUGCUCAACCAGUGGCUGAGCGCGGGCGACCGGGAGUCGUUGGUCAAGCUGCUGCUGGCCUACCUCACGCGGCCCGACCCCGACGUCCGCUUCGCCUCGCUGCUGGCCGGGAGCGUGGUCAACAUGGGCGGCGGCCGCCACCCGGACAUCAUCCGCGCGCUCAUGUCCGUGCUCGACCUGUGCUGGAAAUUCGACGGCCUCGCCGGGUUGGUCGAGCUGAGCCAAUACCUCCAGCAGGCCCAGCAACAGGAGAAGAUCAUGGGGUCGACGGUGAACACGGCCGAGGAGGCUCUGGAGAAGUGGCGCACCAAUAUGGGCGCCCAGCAGGCCGGCUUUGAAAUUCUCACCAACAUAUGCUCGUCCAUCGAAGCUGAGGCGGCGGAGAAGGAGGAGGUGCCGCUGGCGGACGAUGAGGAGGAGACGGUCGAUGAGUCGCAGCUGCCGGCCGGGUCGGUCAACAUGGACGAGGCCACGGCCAUCGCGCCCGAGGUCCUGGCCGCGCUGCCGCUGCCGGCCAUCCUGGCCAAGGUGGUCGAGAAGGUCCAGUGGGACCGGACUCGCGUCACCGCCCUGGGCCAGACCUUCGGCUUCAUGCAGAAGUGCGUCACCCACUUCCACGACGUCCAGGCCCGCGCCCUCUCCUGCCUCAACAACAUGCUCCUCGUCCUCCCGCUCCCCGCCGACAAGCAACAGGCGGAGGGGCUGUGGGAGCUGUUGGUGAAGCUGUGCGUGGAGGCCGGGCAGCCGCUGCCGCCGCCGCUGGGCACCGACGCCAACAUGGAGACACCUCGAGCUCGUCACCGCCUCCAUUCCACCCAGCACGGCUUCCCCCUGUCGCCGCACACAAAUGUGGUGGAGGGAAUGGUGCAGCUGGCGGCCGGCUGUCCGUCGUUCGUCGCGCGGGCCAACGCCCUCGGCUGCCUGGGCAUCAUGGGCCAGCACCCGCAGCUCGUCGACCUCGCCCCCAAAGUGGCGGCGGUGUUGGUGCACAGCGUGGGCACGUCGCUGAUGGCGGAGCAGACGGCGGCGACGACGCCCGGUGAGUCGUGGUCGACGGUGCACGGCGCAGUGGUGGCCGAGGGGCUGAACAGUCUGUUCGACAUGUUCUCCGAGGAGGACAAGGACCACAUCUUCGCCCAGCUCGCCCUCCUCCCCAAGCUCCGAUCCUUCUCCCCUCUCCUCCGCAAUAAGAUUCGGCAGGAGAGUCGGGCACUGGAUCGGGAUUUGCUGGAGCGGCUGCGGGAGACAAAGCUCAACCUGGACCGAUUCAUCCAGUACAAGGCCCAGCACCUCAAGCAGUAA